AAGCGCCGCAAGCGGACCAAUUCAGGUCUCCGCAUGCGGCGGGCGCAUGCGCGCUGGAGCCUACCCGGCUCCGCUUGCUGCGAUCUGAAGACGGAGCCCAGCCCGGAGGCCGCGCGUUCGAGACCCGCCCCGGGCGCCGGACGGCAGGAAAGAGGCACAAGCCCCACCCUCCACCCUUCUCCUCCAGCUAAUGCUCCGGGACUGCUUCUUUGCAGGCCUUGCCUCUCCUGCCGCCAUGAGUGGGAAGUCGCUGUUGCUGAAGGUGAUCCUCCUGGGCGAUGGUGGCGUGGGCAAGAGCUCCCUCAUGAACCGCUACGUCACCAACAAGUUUGACUCGCAGGCCUUCCACACCAUCGGGGUGGAGUUCCUGAACCGAGACCUGGAGGUGGACGGGCGCUUCGUCACCCUCCAGAUCUGGGACACGGCCGGGCAGGAGCGCUUCAAGAGUCUCCGGACCCCUUUCUACCGGGGGGCGGACUGCUGCCUGCUGACCUUCAGCGUGGACGACCGGCAGAGCUUCGAGAACCUGGGCCACUGGCGGAAGGAGUUCGUCUGCUACGCCAACGUCAAGGACCCGGAUCACUUCCCCUUCGUGGUGCUGGGCAACAAGGUGGACAAGCUGGAGCGGCAGGUGAGCCCGGAGGAGGCCCAGGCCUGGUGCAUGGAGAACGGGCGCUACCCGUACUUGGAGACCAGCGCCAAGGACGACACCAACGUGGCCGUGGCCUUUGAGGAAGCCGUGCGGCAGGUGCUGGCCGUGGAGGAGCAGCUGGAGCACUGCAUGCUGGGACACACGGUCAAACUGCACAGCAGCCCCAAGGCAGGCUCCUCCUGCUGCUGAGGGCGGCCGGCUGGGCGGCAGGCGGGCCCUUCCCGGAAGAGGCGCGGGAGAUGCUCAGGGUGCUUGUGGGGGAAUGUAGCCAGGAAGGGAUGGGCUUGGGCAGGGGGCAGCGGGGGGUGGGGUGCGGGUGCAGCCAGCGGGAGCCCUUCCUCCACCUUGGCAUCCCUUCGAGACUGUGUUCGGCACUAGCCUUCAAGAGGCUGCCAAAGAGCAUCUGGGAAUGUCGGAGCUUUUUUCGGUGCGUCUUCCCUCCAGAUGCUCCAUCCCAAUCCGAGGUGGCUGCAGGACCUCACGGGAGAGCCAGAAGGGACCCCCUCCCCUCCCCUCCCCUCCCCUCCCCUCCCCUCCCCUUCAGUCGCAGGAGUCACAGCUGCAUCCUUUGGCCUCUUCCUGCAGGAUCCUCUGCUCCCCCCGCGCGCGCGCGCACACCCACACACACACACACACUGGUGUUUUCUCUUUCUGAAUUCCCUUUGGACAUUGGGUUUGGUCUUCCUUGCCCCCAUAGAGGUUAAAUCUCUGAGGGGAAGGAUCAGUGGAGACUUGCGGGGGUGGGUGGGAUGGAAAAAGAGACCAUGGAAGAGCUGGGCAGUGUCCCCCAGAUGUUUUUGACUACAGCUCCCAGCAUCCCCCAUCUGCAAUAACCUUUGCUUGGGGGUUAUGGGAGUUGUAGUCAACAACAUCUGGAAAACCCUGUUAGAGGGGACGCUGGAGCUGGGGUGACUGGUUAGGGAGGAGCACCAGGGGCAAGGGAGGCUGGAAGGGGAUUGAGGACCCCUUGGGUGCGGGAAGCAGGAAAGGGGUGGGGGUUGUGGGCAGAGCCGCUCUUUGGUGGAAGUGAGCUCCUUUCUUGCAAGGAGAGCAGGGGGGUCUGGGCUGCACAGGCAGGCAGGGUCUCCCCCUCCCCCCCCACCAACACACACACUCUUGUCCUCUGCCGUCUGCGUCCAGUCUUCCUGAAUCAUCCCUGACAGUGGCUGGGCCUUUGGAGCAGCAUCCCUCCUGGGUCAGGCUGCAAGAGGCAGAGCAGGAGCGACAGUUGCAGCCUUGCUUGGUUGCUCUGGCCUCCUCCUUCCGGUGUGCAGGGGGAGGGCUGCCCCUUGCUCUUUCCUGGGCUGGAUGUGCUUCUGGCCUGCCUGGGGCUUGCCCUUGAGAGCGACCCUGCAGUUGUCUGGGCCUUUGCUUCGGCUGCCGAGAGGGCUCUGGAGUGUCCGUGGCAAGCAAGGCAUUUGGCCCCUGAAGUGCCUCCUGAGCAGCUUCAGUGGCCCUGGGUCCCAGUGGCCUCGUCUCGGAUACGGACAGAAGGAUUGCAGGAUGCUUCGCUGGUCCCUCAGCUGCUGAGCUUGCUUAGUUUCUGCAUCAUUGGGUCUUGGAAACAGAAUCCGAGACUCCUGCUUCGUUGGGGCUGCCAAGGCCCAGGAUGUGUCCUUGUACCCCCCCCCCCCGAAAGAGAGGGCAAAUGGGCUUUGUGGGGAUCAGGGCGCGGGGAGGAGCCAGACUUGACCUGCAAUGGCCUUUGCUGGACUGUGGCAGGAGGGGAGACCCCAGGACAUGCUGUGAGCUUCAGCCUGAAGGGCUUCCAUGUGGAGAACUGGACAACCUGGGUGCUUGGUCCUGGAGGGUCAGCAUGCUCACGUCGCCUCCAGUUUUGCCACGGAUGCUGAAUCCCACCACCUGCCGUGGAGUAGAAAUGCAGGACUUUGCCUGUUUGGGAGGGCGUUAUUAUCCUGCUCAGCUGUGGGGACUGCACUUCCUGAGCACUGAGUGGUCGGCUGGCGCCCUCUGCAGGCAGGCCUGGCAGCUGCAUUGUCGCAGACAAUAUGCCCAGUAACAUGCAAAGCUGUUAUGGGGUGGAGGGGGGGUCGGUUAAAAGGGCUGAAAAAGUAGCAAGUGGACAGUGAGCAUGUUGGCUUUGAAACACCAGAAGGCUGCAGCCAGCCACCCCCCAUCCCAUCCUCCAUCCGUUUCCUUUAACUUGGUGGAGAGCUGGUCUUGUGGUAGCAAGCAUGACUUGUCCCCAUAGCUAAGCAGGGUCUGUCCUGGUUGCAUCUGAAUGGGAGACUAGAUGUGUGAGCACUGCAAGAUAUUCCCCUCAGGGGAUGAAGCUGCUCUGGGAAGAGCAGAAGGUUUCAAGUUCCCUCCCUGGCAACAUCUCCAAGAUAGGGCUGAGAGAGACUCCUGCCUGCAACCUUGGAGAAGCUACUGCCAGUCUGUGAAGACAAUACUGAGCUAGAUAGACCAAUGGUCUGACUAAGUAUAUGGCAGUUUCCUAUGUUCCUAUCUUCCUAUGUCACCUCCUCUCGUGAGCCUGCCCUUUGAGUCCCUUGUUGUCUUUGGGAGCCCAAAAGAAGCAGGAUGGAGCAAAGCCUCUUCAUGCAUUCUUUGUAGAGUAAACAGGUGAUACCUUGAUGCCUGCCUCCCUCGGCCUCCAUCUGGCUUGUGGCGUUUCCCACAACAGGAGGUGCUGGUUGCGCUGCUGCUGUCCUGGAUUCCGGAAUAAAGUGCAUCCGGGACGUGAUUGGAGUGUGAAACCUCUGUGCACUGGGCUGUGCAUUAAACUAUGCCCAUCAGUACUCUGCAAAGUCUGAUAUGUGCUUUUUCCCAUCUUUGGUGACUGGAUGCUUCCCUUUAUGUGACAAUUCAAUAGGUUUGUUCUUGCAAGCAGAAGCUGAGUGGGAGGAGCGUCUAGUCAAACUCCAGGCCCCAUGUUUCCCAAGAAACAACAUCUUGGCAAAAAUCAACGGAGAAGGAGGAGGGGGAAGUGAUCGUGUGCUGGCCGCAGACAGGGCAGAACGUGCUCUUCCUCCACCCUCAUUGCAGUGCUGGGUACACGAUACGGAUUGGCCACAAUAAAAAUUGGCCACGAUAACCCCUGCUAAUUGAGCAAAGAGGCACCUUUUUAAAAGUGGAGAUUCUCUUUAUUGAGCAGGGGGAGAGCAACUGGCCCUAUCCGUCCCCAGCACAACAUCCCUCUGGUGGCUGUUGCUGGUGUCUUAUCUUAUUUUUCUUUAUUAGAUUGUGAGCCCUUUGGGGACAGGGAGCCUUCUUUGUUUGUUUGUUGCUAUGUAAACCACUUUGGGGACUUUUUGUUGAAAAGUGGUAUAUAAAUAUUCACUGUAUUCGUAUUUGAUACGGAUUGGCCAGUAGUCGACAUCAGCAUCACUGCCACCCUCCCAGACUGCAGCGAGCACACGAUCCACCUCCGGCUGCCUCGAUUUCUGCCAGCAUGUGAUGGUUUCUUGGGAGCAUGCUUGGGGCUUGGAGCCUGGCACAACACUCUCCCUGUCCAGUUUCUGGUCAUGAGAACCAGCUGCAUAUUGCACUGUGUAUAUCCUACUUCUUCUGUUUUUGUUAAAGGUACGUCUUCAUUUUAAGUGUUUAGUAACAGGUUUAAAAGUGUACUGGAUGCACACCAGAAGACUCUGGAUUGUGAGUGUUGCCUCUCAGUGCCUCGCGAUGCUCUCGCCGCUUGCUUCAACGGUCCGUUCUCUCCCCUCCCUCCUGCUGGUUCCAAGGCUCCCGCCCUCCAGAGGAGCUAGAAAUGCAAAGUGGCAAAACUGACAUGUGACUAAGCCAAUAAAAUGUGAAUGUAUUAAAGGGA